CUUUGGGCAAAUAUUGGCCGGUUAGCGUUCAGGCCGCUAUUUGUGUUCUAAACGAGUUGACAGGCUGUUGUCAGUGGUUUAAAGAUUUGUGUAUUUUUUGAUGGUGCAACUGUGUGAUUAUUAUUCAAAAGUUGUUUAGUGAAUUGUUAUUUUGGUAUAAGGUAUUGCUGGAUAAAAAUAUCAAUUUUAUCAAAACACUGGAAGAGAGAUAUUUAAACAUCUUGGCUUAACAAAAUCGUAUAAUUUAUCAUACAGCAAUACUUACCUAUAUCAAGAAAAAAAUUAAUCGAUAUUUAUACCAGUUUCGAUGCAUGUUUUGCCUUGGCACGCAAUAAUGCUUUAGGUCGAGCCCACAACAUUUCUAUUCCUGUCUGUGACAUAACGUAAAAGACAGUGCAAAAAAGAUGAGUCGUAAAGACUACGUGCAAGAUUCCACAAAUUUAUCCCAUAACAGGACGAGUUUUUUGAUCGAAGACAUCCUCUACCGGCAAAAAAAUGCAGAAAUUGACAAGAGUGAUAAACUGUAUCCGGUACUACCACCGUAUCCUUCCAAUGGAAUCCUUAAAAAACCUUUAGAAAACUGCGUUCACGCAAGGGCCUUUCACGCGCCCCAAAAGAAUAAUGAAAAUAGAAAAACUGAAGAGGCAACGUUGUAUUCUGGGUAUUCUGGUAAUAAGGAGUUCGGGAACGUCCAGGGAUAUUUACCAUCAAACUUGGUUCAAGGCGGAAUACAUGGAUUCCAGUCGACGGAUAGUGGAUACAUUCAAGUAAUGGGAGCUUUAGGAGCUUAUUUAGGAACACCAUAUAAAAAUAUGGGAGAUCCAUAUUUUUUAACACAAGGAAUUCCAUUUCAUCACACGCUGUUUGGAGGUACACCCAGUGAAAUAUCCCUAAAUGCCUUAAAACACUGCAGACGAAGAAAAGCCAGGACAGUAUUUAGUGAUCCUCAAUUAACAGGAUUAGAAAAGCGGUUCUCUGCCCAACGGUAUCUUUCGACGCCAGAGAGAGUGGAACUGGCAAACGCCUUGAAUUUAAGCGAAACCCAAGUGAAAACCUGGUUCCAGAACCGAAGAAUGAAACAUAAAAAACAACUGAGAAAAAUACAGGAGGAAAAAAAUGGCGGCGGCAAGAAGGGGGAGUUGAGCGAUAAGAGCAGGUCGAUUGUACAUGAUUCGCUCUCUGUAGCAGGAGCUGAAGUGCAAGAAAGCAGCUCCGGAUCAAACACCGAUCUCAGCGAUUGCGACAGCGAUAUCGAUAUCAUCGGAGAUACUAACAAACAAAUGGUAUACACGUUUAGGGGAACUUAGAACAUAUUUUAUUUUUUGUUUUACGUUUAAAAACCAUUUACUUACUACUUCAUGCAAUUUCCAGUCGCGGCUCGUGGGAAAAAAAGUAGGUGAAGAUCUGCAUGGCCCAGAAAAUAGUAUUAUAGUUAGAGCUGACUUACCUAGUUUUUAUAAAUCAAGUCGAUCCUUCGGUCCUUUAGGGAAGCGAAUCGGUUAAUAAUAUCCUCGUAAAACGGAUGUUGCAUUUGCAUAAGUUCUUUUAGUAGUUCUUUAUGUAGUGAAAUAAUAGCCAAACUGGAAAGUCUUUCUUGUGAAAUAGUAUUUCUUGUAAAUGUUUUUAGCCUUUUUAAACAUGAAAAACUCCUUUCUACGGACACGCUUGUCAAUGGAAUGGUGAGAAUUAGACAAAAUAAAUUAUAAGCUUCCGUAAAAAUGUCUUUAUUUGGUUUUAAUUUUAUUAUUAGUUCUUGCAAAUUCACAUUUUUAUAAUUUUCAUCGGCAUACAGAAGGCGAAGUUCAUUUUUUAGUCUUUGUUGUUUUGUGAACUUUGUGCCAUAAAAUUCUAUUAAAUUUUGAAAAUUGUCCGAAGGAAAUGUUAAACUGUACGUUUCAAACUUUGUUGA